AUGCAACAACAAGAUGGUGAUUGUCUCACUCGACGAGAACCUCCUUCGCUGCGAAAGGAGGAAGAAAAACAAACGCAAGGAUCGACUCGACUUGAAACCACCGAUCCGAUGAUGAACAGUCAGCACCAUGCGAAUUCACAUCAACAUGUCCAGGACUUGUCGUCGGAGAGAACUUUAUUACUUUCCGUCCUUGUUAAUAAUAACAACCACUCAAACAUGUUGAGCCAAUCUCUUUCACCGAAUGUUCAACAAACGGCACCACUUGAGCAAUCAUUCACACCACCAUCAAAUAAUCAUACAGUGAUUUCGGAAACAAGACCGUCCAUUCAAAAACUGUCACAAAAAACUCAAAAAAAUCCAUCGAAUGAUACAACAAUAAUGAAUCAACCACUUUCGUUGGGUCUCGUGCUCACUUUUGCAAUAUAUUCGUUUUUUCACAUGGUCAAUCCUCAACAACCAUUUUUGGUUGAAUUUUUAACUUCUAAAGGAAUUUCACUCAAAACUAUAUUAUUUGAUAUUUUUCCAAUUUGGUCUUACUCAAUGCCAUUCGUUCAAUUAUGUAUUGGAAUUAUUUCAGAAUUGAAAUUUAUUGGUCACAAGUGGGUGAUUGUGGUUGGAAUUUUGGCGAGUGUUCUCUUCAUGUUGAGUGAAUUUUUCAGUACGAAAAAUACAGUAUGGAUGUUACAAGUGACUGAAAUUGCUGUGGCUGUUCUGUAUGGAACGGAUCAGACCUAUUUGGCAUUACUGUAUCAUUCGAGUUCUCCAAAUUCAUAUCAAUUUUUGACAAGCUUAUCCAGGGCGUGUAUUUUAAUGGGACAAGUGUUGGGUGCUGUUGUGGGACAAAUCGUAUACAUGUGUGGAGUUUCUAUUCAAGUUCUGUAUUACAUGGGAUUUGCUUGUAUUGUUCCUUGUUUGUAUCUUGCAAUUUUUCAUUUUCCUUCUCCAAAGAAAUAUGUGAGAUCCAUUCAUACGUUUGAAACCAAUGAUAAUGCUUGCAAAGACAGUAAUGCCACCUCAAAAGAAGAGGAUCCAAAAUUGGCAUCUUCGAAGGCAGAUAUUGUUGAGAGUGUCAAUUACGACCAGCAAAGUGAAGUUCAACUCUCUCAACAAAUUCAUGAAGAGGAAGGAAACACAAAUAUUCAUCAUGAAGCAAUGACGACAGCACCUUCCCAACAAGAUUCAAUUCAUUCGAGGAGUGGACCAAUUAUUAAGUUUCACAAAUUAAUAAGCUUCUUAAAAAAUAGCAAAAUUUGGAAAUUUGUUGUGGAUGUGAAAAAAUGUUACACAGAAAAUUUUUCAGUGCCUUUCUGGAGUAUCUAUUGCAUUGUUGGAAUUGCAGUUCACAUGCUAGCUCUCACCUAUUACCAAACAUUUUUCAAAACCCUUAAUAACCAAAUUUCUUUGAAUGGAAUUCUUAUAGCAGUGGCAUAUGCUUGUGCUUCAAUGAUCGCAAUGAUCCCUACAAGAUUGGGAAAUUGGGUAUCCUCAUGGAAAGGAAAAAUGAUGGCCGCUAUCGUUUGUCUAGCAUGUGGGUCAUGUCUGAUUGCAAUAAGCGUCAGUAGAAAAUGCCCAGUUUUUGUGGCCUAUCUCUUAUUUGUUGUGUAUCAUUGCUUGUUUGAAUUUUUAUAUGUGGUUUCUUUCACACAAAUUGCGAAAGGAUUGAAACUUACUCGAUUUGCUGCAAUUUUUUCAUUCAAUUCUGCAUUGGCAAAUGUUUUCCAAUUGUUAAUUCAAGUGUUAGUUGGAAAGCAAAUUCUUGCGUUGGGUCCAAUGGCACAAUUUACAGCAUUUGGAAUAAUUAUGGUCGCACUUUCCAUAUUUCUUUUUUUCUGUACUCUUGGUUAUGGGUUAUUCAACAGGAGAACACGGCAAAUAAUGGUAGAAGUAUGUAGGUUAAAUGGGGAAUUCGUAAACCAUGCAUUGAGGAGAACUCGGAACAACCACCUGUUAGACACCAUCUGA